AUGAAGUGUUCGGAGUCCUCACGUAGGUUCCGGAAAAACUCUGACAGAUACGAAAUUUACGACAUUGACCCUCCCCAUAUGGAAGUUGGUCGAGGCAGUACACCACAAGGGCUGCCUAGAAUUCCAGUCAAAACAAUUACACUUGACACAUUUGAUAAUUAUUCAGAAAAUAUUCGAAGGGCAGAUGCUUUGAGAUAUUUUGUCCUCUAUGAAUAUGGUGGUAUCUAUGCAGACCUUGAUAUGGAGAGUUUGAAAUCCCUGAACCCUCUCAUUAUGAAAUAUUCAUGUUUUGUUGGACAAGAACCUUAUGAGCAUCCAAUCCUAGAUUCCAAUUUUGAACACUUGGUCAUCAAUGCCAUUAUGGGUUGCCGAAAAAAUCAUCCAUUUAUGUUAAAAGUGAUGAAAAGUUUGCCGGACUUCUCUCAUAUGUGGAAUGUCCUUGAUAGCACAGGCCCACACUUUUUGACUCUGAACUAUCGACAAUACGUUCGUGAUGCUAACGUUUCACCAGAUGACAAAGAUGGUGUUUAUUUGGCUCCUGCCGAGUAUUUUUUCCCUACAAUUGACCCCGCCAAGUUUUUCUGGAUGCGAACACAAUGUGGCCGCCCACACAAGCUCACAAGCAUUCAGAAAGACGCUUGCAAAAGCCUGAAAAUUAAAGGCAUCAAACGGCAGAUAUCAUCCAUUUCAUUUGCUACACACCACUGGAUCCAUACCUAUCUGGAUCUAAGUAUUACACUAAAAGGACCCGUAGAUAUUCAUACAGUGGUUCCUCAAGUGAAAAUUUAUAAGCAAAACAUGAUGCCCGGUCAAAAGUGA